AAUGAGAAAGUUGAGAAAUUUCACUUUGAAGGGGGAGAGCUCUGAGUUCGCUGAGAAGAGGGUUUUUGGAUCCUCUCUUAUUUUCGAGUCAUUUUGACGAACUUUUAGGGUUUCGAUCGAAGUUGUGUUGGAGAGAAAGAUAGCAAUGGCUGAGCACACCGAGGAUUCAGGUUCUGCUGGAGAGUCAUUGAUGGAGAAGAUAACUGAGAAGUUUCAUGGUCACGAUUCUUCUUCUUCUUCCUCCGAUUCAGAGGAAGAAAAGUCUUCAUCGCCUUCAGAGAUCAAAUCGGCGGUUUUCCGGCUUUUCGGAAGGCAGAAACCUGUGCACAAGGUCUUGGGCGGAGGAAAACCCGCUGAUGUGUUUCUGUGGAGGAACAAGAAGAUUUCUGCCAGUGUGCUUGGAGGAGCCACGGCGAUGUGGGUAUUCUUCGAAUUGCUUGAAUACCAUCUGCUCACUCUUGUCUGCCAUUGCUUGAUCCUUUCGUUGGCCAUUUUGUUCGUCUGGUCUAAUGCUACCACCUUCAUCAACAAGUCUCCUCCGCACAUCCCAACAGUGUCUAUUCCUGAGGAACCGAUUAUUCAAUUUGCUGCUGCCUUGAGGUUUGAGAUCAAUCGAGCAUUAGCUGUGCUAAGGGAAAUCGCAUCAGGGAAAGAUCUGAAGAAAUUCCUGGCAGUGAUUGCUGGCUUGUGGGUACUGUCAAUCGUGGGGAGUUGCUUCAACUUCUUGACUUUAUUUUACAUAGCAUUUGUUGUGUUGCACACGGUGCCUGUGCUCUACGAGAAGUAUGAGGACCAGGUUGACUCGUUUGCAGAGAAGGCAAUGGUUGAGAUAAAGAAACAAUAUGUAGUAUUUGAUGCCAAGGUUCUAAGUAAGAUUCCAAGGGGACCACUCAAAGACAAGAAGAAAGCUUUGUGAAGCUGAGGUAUCCUCGAUAGACAUUAGUAGGAUAUGACAGACAUUUGGGUAGCUAAUGCUUUUCCUUGUUAAAUCUUUUCUUGUGGGAUCAAAGUUGUUGUUGGGACUCCUUGUGCAUUAUUGGGUAGAUCCCAAUGUUUUAUUUCCCAGUUUUUUCUUGGUAUGUUGUUUGGGUUCUCUCCAUUUGGGUGAAAAUGUUAUUUUGUAGGAAUUGGUUAGCAGUUUUAGAUCAUGUUAAUGCUUUCACCAAUUUGCAGUCUUGAGUAUUUGCAUUGGUUUUCUUUGCUGUGGGAGAUUUUGUGACAUUAAGAUAUUCCUAUUGUCAAAAACAGUGCUGUCUACAUGGGAUUUAUAUAUUUUGCUGAUAA